ACCUCCGCACUCAACAGAACGGUCAGCAGCGCCUCGCGGCCCGGCCCCUCAGACCUCAGCACCAUGCCCCCCGUCGUGGCCGUGCAGCAGCACUGGCACUGGUGCAGCAUGCAGGUGGAGCGCCGUGGCCGCUGGAGUCCGGAGCCCAACGCCAUGGCCGUCUCCUCCGUCCGGUUGGACAAGCUGGACCUGUUCAACUUUGACUCGGCGCCGGCCUGGGAUAGCCCCGUGGUGCUGUCCUCGCCGCGGUCUCUGGCAGCGUGCCGGCGCGCCGGCGUCAAGCCGGUGGAGCUGCUGUAUCGCAGCGAGCAGGAGGUGCUGGCGUCGCUGCCGCCCGACGUGCCCGGCGGCGUUCUGCAGGCCGUGCACCGCAGGGCCGAGGAGGAACGCCAGGCUAAGUUACGCGCCUGCCGAGCCAUCCGCCACCAGAUGAUCCAACGACAGCAACAGGGGGACCAGGUGACCGGAUCACCGAGGCGACCGACCUACCAGUCGACGGACUUGGCUACGGCCGGGAUGCGCGACCAGGGCGUUUUCAUCACCGAGAGGAAUGCUGCUCUCGUUGGACCACUCUUCCCUGCCAAGAAGGACGUCCUCAGGGACAGCUCCCCCAGGUCGAGGUACUCCCCGCAGGAGGUCAAGAGGCAGGACUUUGCCAAGGCAGGGUCGCCAGACCGGGGUACGGACGUCUCCUUCGACUUCAAAAAGGACUUCUUCAAGGCAAGCUCUCCCGACUCCCCCAAGAACAAGGCGGACUCACUCAGGACACCAUCACCCGACUCGCGCCGGAGGUCGGCCUCACCGGAACAAUGA